AUGAAGUAUACUGCCACAAAAUUCAGGGUUAGAACAAAUAAAAGACUCAGAAGCCAAAAAUAUCCUGAAAAACACUCCGAUUUUCUGGGCUGUAGUUCCACAAAGAGCUCCUUUGGUCUUAACAUGCUGUUAACUAAACCGAACAAGUUUCAGAUCCCACCCCCUCACCCUGUGUUACUAAAGCGAAUUAGAGAAGAAAGGAUGAAACUGACGAGCUCAUUUGAGUCAGGUAUCAAUAUCAUCGAUAUUGAAACAUCAUGGGAGAUAGAUAAGUUCAUAUCUCAUCACUUCAAUACUUCCAUCGGAAAUGUUUUAAAAUCGAAAUCCAGCAGUAAGAAAAGACCUAUGAACGCUUUUAUGGCAUUUCGUACAUACUAUGCCCAAUUAGGCACCGGCCUCAAACAAAAUACACUCUCCGUCAUUCUCUCAGAAGCUUGGAACGCCCCAGAAACGGAUCAAAAUAUUUGGGACAUAUUCGCGCAGCAGUUUAAUUUUGCGAGUCCUCGGUGUGGGUUUGUAAAUUAUAUAAUGGCCCAUGCGUCCUCAGCGCCAUGA